AGAGGGGCAGCUGCAGCGUGUGUGAGUUGCGCAGACUGACCGGCAGCUCAGUCGGAUAAGCUAACAAGCGAAUGAGGCCAGUAGGAAAGAGAGAGAGAGGGGGGUGAAAGAGGCUGGGAAACAGCCCUCCUGAGGAAGAGGUCCCCGCAGUGCCUGGCGUUCUUGGUAGACGUUCGGCGCUUAGCGGUAAUAGCGCGUCGGCGUACACCACGUGCGCGCGCUUUGUUCGACAUGCGAGUCAGCGGACCGUGCGUUGUCGUCCGGCGGGUGCCCAGGGUUGUCGGAAUCUGUUUUGUCAUUCUGUCGUGCUACGUCUGCAAUGUAACCACAAUAAAGCGGACGCUACCCGAAAAGCUUUUCCAAGAGGUGUAUACCAAGCUAUAUCGAUUCUACAGAUUUACAGACCAGUACGAGUCUUCUAUAUCGGAGGACCUCUUCAAGAAGCUGAUCAAUCGCUUUAUCAUCAUGGCAAAGACCCUUGAAGGGUUUCUGCGAUCAAAGUACGUCAUCAAGGGUGUACGCCGUAGUAGUGCCCUCUUUCCAAUCUACAGCCUUCCCGUGAGAACGAAAUAUAGUGUUGACGACGUCAACCGAAAGCUGCUUGACUACUUGAGCACACUUGCUCAACUCAGGGUCCAGCGCGUUGCGCCAAGCGCCGUGGUGGACACUUUUGACAAAGUUUACGCUGCAGCUAUGGACAGCAUCAUGAGGAUCCUGGAUGACUGACCAGCGAUGUGCAAGAAGCCCUUGCAUACCAUCCUCCGAGGAAGCAGUAAUGUGCAGCACCAUUACUGCUUCUAUUACUGCAUGUCGAAGCAACGAGGUGCCACGUUUUCAUUAUCUGGCAUAGUACACUGAAGUGGCACUCA